AUGCGAAACCGUUAUGACUAUCACCAAUGGGCUGCAAACGGCUGUACUGGAUGGAGUUACAAAGACGUUCUGCCGUACUUUUUGAAAUCAGAAGACAUUCAAAUAGACGAAUUAAAAUCAUCCGUGUACCAUCAUUCUGGUGGUCCAUUGGCAGUUUCAGGUUCACGUAUAACAGAACUCUCAGACCUGUACAUGAAAGCUGGACAAGAACUGGUUUUCAAUAUUACGGACUAUAACGGUGCUGACCAAGAAGGGUUCCACAAAAUUCAAUUAAACGUCAGAAACGGCAUUCGUGAAGCUACUGGAUUAGCAUUCCUCGGACGAAUCGGUAAAAGAUCAAAUCUUGAUGUUAUAGAAACAUUUGUCACAAAAGUUAAUAUCAAGAAUAAUGCAGCUGAUGGUGUAUUUUACAUUAGAAAUGGUAGAAAGUCAUACGUCAGAGCAAAAAAGGAAGUGAUUUUGUCGGCUGGUGCUAUCAAUUCGCCACAGAUCUUGAUGCUAUCUGGUGUAGGGCCAAAGGAACAUCUAAAGUCUAUGGAUAUUCCAGUAUUACUUGACCUUCCAGUUGGAAAUAACAUGCAGCAUCACCUAAUGGCGUUUUUGUUAACUAAGAUAAAUAAACCAAUUAGCUUGUCUGAUGACCUCAUAAACAGUUUCUGGACUCGAUUUAGUUAUAACCUAUUAGGGACAGGACCUCUUUCAAUACCAGGAUCUGAAGGGUCGGUGUUCUUUUACAACGACCAGUCAAAAUGCGGUAAAACAAGUGCAGGAGUUCAAAUAAUAAUAUACAGUAAAUUCAUGGUUGAAAAUGACUUUAAUAUUAAAAACAGCUUUGCUAAGGAGUUAUUUGCAGAACAUGGUAACAUUGAAGGUUUUAACUUUAUUGGUUCUAUAACAAAUCCAAAGAGUCGAGGAACUAUACGUCUGAAAAGUUCGGAUCCGUUCGACUACCCCCUGAUAGAUCCUCAGUAUCUCACGGACAAAAGAGAUGUUGAAAAUUUUAUAGGAGGUAUACGAUUAUGGGAAUGGUUUAUGCAGACAACAACCAUGGAAGAACUUGGUGUUGACAUGAAUCAAAUGAAGUUGUCAUUUUGUUCACAACACAAGUUCCGCUCCGAUGACUACUGGGAAUGUUUCGUGCGCCACCUAGCGAUUACGGUAUAUCAUCAUUCAUCCACGUGCAAAAUGGGUGCUGAUGAAGAUGAAACUGCUGUUGUAGACUCAAAACUUCGAGUAAAGGGUAUAAAAGGAUUGCGAGUUGUUGAUGCAUCCGUAUUUCCAACAGUGACAUCGGGAAAUAUAAAUGCCCCAGUGGUAAUGGUUGCUGAAAAAGCUGCUGAUAUGAUACGUGGAAUAGAUACUGUUGAAUAUAUAAGAGAAAAAUUACCAAACCAUUACUGAAGCUAUAAAGGAACUUUAUUUAGUAAUAUCUGAAACAAUCCUGGAAAAGUGUAUCUUUAUUUUGAGCUUUGAAUAUAAGCUGAUUCCACUAACACUUUUGACAUGACGUGACUGUAAAUAUGCAUUUGAAAUUAGGGUUACCAUCUGAUGUAGGUCUGCAUUUUUCAUCGUUCGCUCAAUCCGUUUUUACAAAAUAAAAAUUUUGAUUUUA